CUUCACAAAAGCUCCAUAAUCACCUCCAUCCAUACUCAUCUCUUCUGAUUUCAUCCUUCUUGGCUUGUACUUGAUACACCCGAUAUACAUUAAUUAUGGCCGAUAGAUAUUCGUUCUCCCUAACUACAUUCUCCCCUAGCGGAAAACUCGUUCAGAUUGAAUAUGCACUCAACGCAGUUAACCAAGGAGUAACCAGUCUCGGAAUCAAAGCUACCAAUGGUGUCGUUCUUGCAACCGAAAAGAAGUCUUCAACGCCUCUUAUGAAUUCAUCCUCCCUUGAGAAGAUAUCGUGUAUAACACCCAACAUUGGGAUGAUUUACUCGGGUAUGGGACCGGACUAUAGAGUCCUGACGGACAAGGCUAGAAAGGUCUCUCAUAGUGACUACAAGAGAAUCUACAACGAAUAUCCCCCCACAAGGAUACUGGUUCAGGACGUUGCCAAGGUUAUGCAGGAGGCUACCCAGAGUGGCGGUGUGAGGCCCUUCGGUGUUAGUUUGCUCGUGGCCGGGUGGGACGAUAAGCCAGCGGGUACUGGAAAGGGUGGCCCAGCGCUAUACCAGGUUGAUCCAUCUGGCUCUUAUUUCCCAUGGAAGGCGACUGCCAUUGGGAAGAGUGCUACUUCUGCGAAAACCUUCCUUGAGAAGCGAUAUGCCGAGGGAUUAGAGUUGGAAGAUGCUAUCCACAUUGCCCUGUUGACCUUAAAAGAGACUAUCGAGGGUGAGAUGUCUGGAGACACUGUCGAGAUCGGGAUUGUGGGGCCCCCAGCAGAUCAUCUGCUGGGCUACGAAGGAGUUGCCCAUGCUCAGGGCCCUAGAUUCAGGAAACUGAGCCCCCAAGAAAUCGAGGACUACUUGACAAAUUUGUAAAGAUGGCUGUCCAGUUGUGGUUGAAUUAAUGCGCAUCUUAUAUAUCAUGUCUGCUGCGGCGCCUGUGGGCAAGUUCUGCAAAUUGGAUAGAACAGUAGAGAACAACUAUUCUUGCUG